AUGUCAGACUGGGCCAGUAAGCUUCAGCGGAAGGAUUCCGCUAAGGAAGGUUCUUUGACCAAGGAAAAGUCUAAAAGUGGCACACCUUUAGAGAAGAGUAUGGAAAAGAGCCAGGAGAAGAACCACUCUUCAAAUCAGAGUCUGUCCCAGUCUCUGUCCCAUUCCCAGGCCCAGAAUGUGAAACAGAGCAAUAAGAACGAAGCAAGUGAAUUCAACGGGUCUGAAAUGGCUAACUUUCUUAAAAAUAGCUAUGCUAGUGUAUUGGAAGAGGCCAAAAAGGAUAAAGCUGGAGAAAAGAUUCGGAUCUACCAGUCAUUGGAGAGCCCCUCUGGCUGGACCAAGGCAACGAAUGGAAAACAGAAAGAAGACCGUCACAUGAGUAUUAUCGGUGAAGUGGCGAGGCAAUUGAGCCAGAGUUCUCCCAAUCCUGGUUUCACAAAGAAUCGGCGCCAGUGA